AGGCACUCGAACAAAGCUGUCUUCCGGAGUCGCUCAAAAUUCAUAGUUCUUCCCUACAUUCAAUUUGGACCGUUUACCACAAACGCGUCUAACUUAUGAUGAGUGCUUAAACGCGACGCGUAUCUGUAACGGUGCCGUUCUUCAACGAACGGACGGCGGCGUCGAGACCAGUUAACCGCCGAAAGCGUUGGAGGCAGCAUAGAAUUACGCUUUUCCUCGCUUACGGAAACGUGUCGAUGAUUACCGUUUCGAUCAAAUUUUGACAACCACUUACAGAUGGCAACGUUCAAAUGCCUUGAAUUGGUUCUGAUCAUCGGAAAUCUAAUCGCAACAACUAAUAGCUUAAGGUGCGAUAGAAUUCCCGACGGAGUUACUGGAUCGCCCAGUUUGCCGGAAGAUUUUUUUUAUAUAGAAAUAAGUGGAAAUCCAACGGAAUACACACCUGGGGAGACGUACACGAUAACUGUUCGUGCCCGAAGGGACCACAGGAUAAAAGAUUUCUUAUUAGUGGUUGAGCAUGACAUAUCAAAGAAACCGGUAGGUGAUGCUUCGUAUUCUGUGGGUACCUUCCAACUUCGAAAUAUGUUAACAAAAUUCAGCGACAAAUGCCCGAACGCCGUAACAAACACGAACGUUAUUCCCAAAACGGAAGUGGAGAUAGAUUGGAAGGCCCCAGACGGUGAGACGGGCUGCGUUGCUUUCAAACUGGUAAUAGUAGAGUCUCGCGACGUGUGGUACAAUGAAGGCAGUAGCUUGGUGAAGAGAUUUUGUAAAGAAGAAAAAAGGAAUGGUGACGUUCAGCCGUACGUACUCCAGCAUUGCUGUGCUUGUGACGAAGCAAAAUAUGAGGUCACCUUCGAAGGUUUGUGGUCGCGUAAUACGCAUCCUAAGGACUUUCCCUCGGAUGUUUGGCGGACUCGAUUCAGCGAUGUUAUUGGUGCAUCGCAUACCACUGAUUACCACUUUUGGAAUUAUGGAGAACUCUCCAGUGACGGCUUGCGUGAAGUAGCUGAGAACGCAAGCACCCGUACUUUAGAAAGUGAACUGAAAGCCAAGAGCGAGCACAUAAGGACAAUAAUUAAGGCCAGGGGCAUAGGAUAUCCUAAUGUUACCGGCAAGACUUUUGCUGUAUUUCGUGUUGACAAUCGCCACCAUUUAAUGUCUAUCGUUUCCAUGAUUUACCCUUCGCCAGAUUGGUUUGUGGGGGUUUCCAGUUUAGAAUUAUGCUUGGAAAAUUGUUCCUGGGUGGAGUCGAUGACUCUGCGACUGUAUCCAAACGACGCAGGCACAGAUGAAGGGUUGACAUACGACGCUCCCGAUCAACCCACCUACCCCAGAGGUGUAAUUCGAAAAAUAACAUCGAACAGUCCUAAUGACGAUCGUUCUCCGUUCUACGACGAGCAAGGCAUUCCGAUAAAACCACUUGCCAAACUGUACUUAUCGCGACAGCGACUGUAUGAGAAAACAUGCAAUCAAAUGUACGAUUAUCCCGAGUACGGCGACGAAAACUGCGAAGUGACGGAGUGGUCCGCGUGGACCGCUUGCUCUGUUACGUGCGGGAAGGGGAUAAAGUACAGACAGCGGCGGUACAAAAAUGAAGGCAAUCAGCACAGCUGCCGAAUGCGCCUGACAGAGAGGGCGUCGUGUAGGGGACUGCAGAAGUACUGUCGGGAGGAUCCCAACGGUGCCGACAACGAAGACCCACGCUGUAAGUUGACCGAUUGGGGGGAAUGGUCGACUUGUAGCGUAACGUGCGGCAUUGGUACAAAGACUCGAAGCCGAAGGUAUCGCAAUAGAAACGCUGCUAAACGUUGCGCGGCCGGUCAAGAGAAUCCGCCGAUUUUGGAACAAAACCUUGAGUGCAACGGGGAAGGGGAGGAUUGCGAGGAAGGAGAAGCAGCUGAGAAAGAACCAGACUGCCCCGAUUACCACUGGAGCUCGUGGACUCCCUGUUCCUCGACGUGCGGCAAAGGUGUCAAGGUACGAUAUCUACUGUCAUUGGAGGAGGGUGACCAACGACAGUUUCUCAUGAGGCAAAGUAGGGCUCAUGGCGCUUACGAUGAAUAUAACGUACCAGGUGGCGAUGAAGAAGAAGAUGAUGAAAUCAGAUCCACGAAUAACGAUUGCGCAAAUCGGAAUCCAGUCGAGGUUGUGGAAUGUUACGCUGACGACGCUCCGUCGUGUGAUGAACUAUCAAUUACGACCGAGCCAGCUGUUGCAUGUAGUUUGCCCAGAAAUAACGGACCUUGCAAGAGUAACAUAGACAGGUGGUACUUUGACAACAUCAAUGUAAGAUGUGAGGUUUUCAGCUACAGUGGCUGCCAAGGGAAUCACAACAAUUUUAAAUCUUUGAGCCAUUGUAACGAAGUAUGUGGCCAGUACCAAAAGGAAUUGUUGGCAAAUAGGACCUCUCAAAAACGUCAACUCGGAGUUACCGUUUCAGGAGUUCUAUCUUACAAUAUGCAAGUGCAGAACGACGCUGCAAUUAACUGUGUUACAGAUGCCCCAGUAUUACAACCUGAAAGUAACGAAAUUAUCGAUCCUGAUGGUGAAGUUCAAAAUUGUAAAGUGACGCCUUGGUCAGAUUGGAGCCCUUGCAACGUGACAGGCGCUUGUGGGCAUGGUUUUAAAGAGAAAUAUCGUGAAGUAUUGAUUCCAGCUGCAAAUGGUGGCAAACCAUGUCCGCUAUUGUCAAAAACAAAGAAAUGUAGAAUUAAAUGCAAACCGGGUGCAACAGAUUAUUCAACAUUUGAAAAUUUACCAAGUUGGCCAACGGUAACAACUCACACGCAAGGUAUUUACUGUGAAAUGUCCGAGUGGUCCGCUUGGUCGCCGUGUAGUCAAUCGUGCGGUGCUGAAGCGGUGCAGCAAAGAACUCGAAAAAUAAUGAGACGUGUCACUGGUAAAGGAGAACCUUGCUCAUAUCGCAUCGAUCAAAAAAGUUGUCAACUACUAGCAUGCCCAUUACGUUAACGAAAUACAUUUAAAAUAAUUAGUAUUAGAGAUAUAAUUUUUUAUAAUUAUCAACAUUCGAAUUGUGUAAUAAGUAAACAAUCGUACUUACCAAUUUACCAUAUCAUAUUGGCAUGCUAUUCAAAAGUAUAGUUUACUGUAAUCUACUUGACAAUAAAUUUUAGAUGUUUUAGAACCCCGAGUAUAAUUGUAUAAACAUAUUUUUAUUAAUUAGUCAUUAUAUUAGUGUUUGACUUAAUGUUAUUUUCUCUAUUGAUAUAUACCUAGAUAUUGUAUAAUUUCAAUAA